UCCGAUCCUCUGUAAGCAUUGCAGUCGCUUUAGUUUACAUCAUGGUUGCCUUAGGAUCGUCUGUAGCUGUCAACGCUGAUCAAUUAGCGACAUAAUGUCCAAUAAAGGAGCAACUAAAAAAACUGGCUCAAAAGAUGAAAUCAAUACACGAGUGCGGUCAAAACCAAAAAAAUCCAGCAGUGAAGGCAAAGUAGAAACAGCAGAUUCAAAAAAAUCAGAUUCUAAUUUUCCAAGGAAGUCUCAACCUGUUGAACACAAAGGAGACAGUGACAGAGGAUCCAAAUCAUUACAGAAUAUUUCAACGAGAACACAUUCAACUAGAAAUAUUAUUAAGCCAUCUGUCGGAUCUUCUCAAGUUAAGACUGUUAAGCAAGUAUCUUCAACGUCAAAAUCUAGUCUUAAUGCUUCGUCUAGUCAUUCGUUAACGAAGAGUACAAUCUCCAAAAGACUUGAAAAUGCUAUUAAAUCAAGCGACGACAGUACAGUCAAGAAGAGGAAAUCUAGAGAACAAGUGGGAUAUUCAGAGAAGAGAGGUCAGAGUACAAUAUAUGUACCACAAUCGACUACGAGUAAGCGUAAUACUAAAUCUAAUGAGAAGAUUGCGCAUCGAUCAUCGAAGGAUAAAGAGAAAUUACAAGAUUAUCCCGCACCUGAUCGAAAUAAACCACGUAUAUCAUCUAGCGAACGUAGGAAAUCCAGGACGCUGAGUCCAAGCGAGAUAAGGAUGUUGCACAGCGCCGUAAAGAAACCAGACAUUGCGGAGAAAACAGAACAAAAGAAGAACAUAGUAACGAACAGUCGUACUGAUACACAAGCGGACUUGGAUGAGACAAAUUAUGAUUAUGAAGACGAUUUUGAAGAUUACGAAUCGGACUUUCAAGAAUGCACUGAUAGCGAUACUCCAAUUAGUGAAAAAUCAGAUAGCAGUGGAAGCAGUUCCCAUUUAGAACCUAUUGAAUUACACGCUCGGGAGAAGAGAAACACGGAACAGGUGAAGGUUGAAGAGGAACGUAUGCUUGAUUCGGGACAUUACGAUCUCGCAGAAGCGAGAAAACGGGCGGCACGAAUAGAAUCUAUGCUUUUAACGCAAACCAACACACCGCCGUUACCCGAAUUAAGAGAGCCGGUUGGCAAAACGUUUAGCAGCGACGAUAGACCGGCAGAAAAUAAAUCUCUGCCGUCGUCUACCGAUGAGGGCUUCGAAGAUAGCCGCUCGGGAGACUUUACUAGAUCUCCACCACUGUCACAAGUACCGUUAAUUAAUUUUCGUAAACCAAAAGAAAAUCAACGUGAAGAGAACUUACGAAAACCUCGAAGCAGAGGCGAAGAAUUGUUGGAAAUGAUAAAGUUGGACUUUAUGGAAUGGUCAUUAUUAGAAUGCAAUCCUAUACCCUACGAUGAAUUUAUAAGAAAUUACGGAAAAUUAAAUACACAACAAGUAUUUACCCAAACCGGUGAUGAUAAUAUAGACAUCGAAAUACAAACGGACGAGGUGUCCUAUAGGAACAAGUGGACGCAAUUUCCUAUAACUUGCAGAAAAGAAUUGCGUGAUAAACAAGAUAUAAACUUAUUUAAAAUGGAACAAAUUGGCGUCGGAAGUGAUUUGGAUGAAAUAGACGAUAUAAAUUUUUCGUCACGGCCGUCGUACGAUAUAUUGCGGUUAAACGACUUUCUUAAUCGCGCGGGCACGGUUGUAUUGUCAUUGUUAGAAGAGAGGGAACACGGUGGCACCGUUUUUCAAAAUGAUGUAGAUGAAAUAUCGUUCAGCGACGGUUUUGUGGAGCUUUCUGUACAUACAGUAACGUUCUUAGCUAGCAGAGCGGUUAAGAUUAUACAUUAUUCGAACGUUUUGAACAAAGUUCUACUUACUAUACAUGCUCCUGUGGAAGAGGAAAUAGAAACCAUAAGUAAACAAGAUUAUAUUACUGACUGUUGCAUCGGAUGCGUUUGGAAUAUUUGUGAACCCUCGAUGCCGAAGAAAUUAUUUUACUCACAAUGUCCUAUUACUGCUUGUUGCUUUCACUUAACGAAUUGCAACAUGGUAUUCGCCGGACUUGAGGAUGGAUCGUUAAGUCUCUGGGAUCUAAAGGAGGACGAGAUGUGGCAUCAGAGAAUUACGGAUAAAGCUAACGAAUUAGAUUGGGUGAUUAGAACGCCUACUUACACGACAACGGUGGAGCUAGACGCACAUACGUCGCAAGUUGUCGCAAUACGCGUGCUGUCUAAGAUCGAAACUACUUCCGCUAAAGAGAGGAGUAAUAAGUUUGUCCCUAUCCAGAUAUGUAGUUUAGAUGAGGAUGGUUGCUUCAUAAUAUGGAGUAUUGUACAUAACAUGGGUAUAAAUAUCGACGACUUGGGGCUCUCUCAUUGGGGUGACAUAAGACUUGUAAAGAAUCAGAAAACGUUUUUAAGGAAAAAAGACACUGAAAUAAUGAAUACGUUUGUUGAUAUGCAUGUGGAUAGUGCAAAUACUAAUAAUAUUUAUAUCGCGACUAACAGUACUGAUGUCUUGCAUACUACUUAUAUCGGUAACAGAACUAAUCCACUAACAUACAAACCAGCUAAUUUAAGUGAAUGCGGUACAUCAACUUGCAUCGAUGUUUGUCCUUUCGGUCAAUCCUUUUUUUGGGUCGGCUGCGAUGACGGAACGAUUCGACUUCACUAUUUAAAUAUGGAGAGACCAAUUGUGCAACUGAAAAAUGAACAAUAUACGGACGAGAUUAAAGCUUUGCAAUGGUCGAAAACAAAACCGUUAACUGUAUAUACUCUGGAUAACAAAUCCCGAAUUCACGUGUGGGAUUUAAGUAAAAGUGAUAUCAUUCCUACGUAUACAUUAUCUAUGAGAAAGUGGGGAAAGAUAAGUAGCAUACAGCUAUCACCUUGCAUAACGGAUCAAGAUAUGACGAAUCAAUACCUGGCUGUUGGCACGGAAUCUGGUUAUGUGGAAGUACAUAAACUGAAAAAAGAUUUUUACUAUUCGAAGAAAGAGGAAUUUUUGCAAGAGCUGGACAUAUUUUCGCGAUACGUUUUGGUAUCCUAAAUGAAAAUAGAUGUUGUUAAAAGAAAAUUGUAUAGGCACUAAUAGUUUUUCUAGGAUUGUUAUUUUAAAGAAUUGGAUAUAGAAAGAGUCACAGAUUUUAUACUUCCAGUGUAUACAUGCACUUGCAAUUACAUUGCAAUAGAUAUCGAGAUAUAAUAAUAGUCAUAGAAAGUAAUAAUUGAUAAGGGAUAUAUGAUUUUAUGUUAUCCCAAAAUUUAUAAGAUUUUUGCAAAAUAACAUGUAGCGAUAAUUAUCUUUGAUAACUUUGAAUAAUAUUGAAUUUUUCCAGUGUACAAUAGAGUACAUUGUAAUUGUUAUAAUUUUAUAUAUUUUACGCGUCAUAUAUACAAUGAAUGAGAUUUUUGUGCACUUAUUCGUAUCUUUCUAUAUCUUAAUAUAUCACGAUAUUCCGUCCAAGGAUAAUAAGUACCAAAGAUGUAGAUAAAAAUAGUGUGUAUUCAUAACAUAUUUAUACAUACAUUUAUAUAGUAUCGUAUAAAACAUAUCAUAUAAAUAAGGAUAAAUGAAAAGAUUAUAUACAAACACACUCAAACAUUAUAUAUUAUACAUAAAGUUUUAUACAUAGCCUAGCUGAUUUGAUAUCGCGCUUUAGAUGUAGGCAGUUCAUUAGUGAUGAUACAACUGAGAUAAUAUAUGAUUUUAUCUUAAAAAUAAAUGUAGAAAAUUUUUCAUAGAAAA